AUGGCGGCCCGUUUGCUCGAUGACCUGGGGCUCCUCCCUUGGAGUGGGAUGCUCGACGUGGCUUCCGGGCUUCGACUUCGAGCAACGUCUCGAAUUGCAAAGGGCAUGGCCAACCGACACCUCAACGUCGGAGCCGUGCUGGCGCAUCGGCUGGCCUACGCCAGUGAGGCAAGCGAAGCGGCCGGCAAUUCUGUCGCUUCUUUCUGGAGAAAGCUCGCUGCCCUUCGGAAGUUUUGUGAGCGCGGCGGGCGCGGCCAUGUGGACGUGGCGACGGCACUGCAGCAGAGACUUCAGGACCCUGACUGGCGCGUGCGGCAAGCUGUCAUCACCGUGCUCCCGGAGGUUUUGGAAAGCAACGUUCGAGCCGCGAUGAACGUAAAAGUCAGUGAGCUGGUGGCAGAGAAGGUCUUGGAAGAUGAGUGUGUGGACGUGCGGGAGAGCGCGGCGAGCUGCUUGCCCUCCCUGGCGGCACGGGGACACGAGGCUGUGGUCCAUGCAUUGAAGUCUGCAUUAUCAGAUCGGGAGCAUAUCGUGCGAAGAGCAGCCGUGACCAGUUUGUCUCAACUGUCGCUUGCAGACUCGUCGGCCAGCUCUGCAGUGCUCGGUCGCGUGAUGGACAUUGACAUGGAAGUCAGACGAGCCGCCUUGAUAUCGGCCAGACAGAUCUAUCGAAUGGCCAGCGAAAAGGGCUGGUUCUUGCAGUAUGCGCAAGCAUUUCUGGGGCGGCUUCGUGGGGACCCGCACAUCGAAGUGCGCUUGGCCGCCGUGGAUUGCUUAGAGGCGCUUUCUGCAGAAGAUCAGCGGGUGGUGUGGGAGCUGGUGCAUGCAGCUGGGACGCCCGAGCAGCCGUGUCGGGUUCGGGAGCGGUGCCUGGAAGCUCUGCUUCAGUUCAGCUCAGAAGCUGGCUUCCAGUCACCCACGAGGGAGAAUGUUCAAGGCCAAUGUUUGGGAAGUCAGCUUGUUCCCAAGAUGGCUGGGGUACUGCACGCGGCCUUGCAGCGGACACAGCCACCGCAACUGCGGAUUUCAGCUGCCCGAUACCUCGCAUGUGUAAGUCAUCCAGCUUAUCGGGACGUAGCAGAGCUGGGUAUGCUUGACACUGACCUGAGCAUUCAGAGCUUAUGCAUGACAGCCUUCUUGAAGAUAGGACGCGGAGGUGAGCGGUCGAAGCGCCUCUGUGCUGCUUGGGCCUUGAGGAACCUGAAACACACGUCCAGAGAAGUUCGUUUGGACGCAGUUGGCAAGUUCAAAUUACUCGGCAGAACAGGCGAUGAAGCAUUGGAUGCCGAGAUUUUGUCUACCCUGCUGCUUCGGUUGGAGGAUGCUUCGGAUAUCGCAGCUGUUGCUCUGGAUGCAUUGGCAGCCUGCGCCACUGUCGGCAACGUCACAGCCAUCCGGUCUUCGAGUCGCAUAUUCUCUGCCGCUGCAGAUCCGAAGGUAAAGUGUGCUGCAGCGAGAGCCUUGGCACAGGUAGCGAAGACCGGUGAUGAGACUGCUUUAUCAGCUCUUCGCCAAGGGCUGGCUGAGAAAGCUCAUGUAGAAGUCAUCUGUGCGGCUAUUCAAGCCAUUGGUACUUUGAGCCGUCGAGGUGAUUCUUCCGUGCUUGCUAUGCUGGUGGAUCUCUUGCCUGCGUUAGGGCAUGAUGGCCGCGAUGAUCAUGAUGCUCUUCGGGAAGCUCUCCUUGCACUUGCUCGGCUGGCGCGUCGGGGUAACGGUGUUGUCGCUACUAGCAUCUUGAGGAUCCUUGAGCGAAAGCCAGCCGCAGGCAUUCAGGUCGCCUGUGUGCAGGCGCUGCAAGCCGUUGCAAGGAAGUGCGACUCGCGCGUCAUUGAAUGCCUGCUGACACUGCUCAGAUCUGUGGAGCCAUCCGUAUGUGAAGCUGCAGUGAUAGCGGUUGCGGAGCUCAGCAAGCGGGGGGACGCCACGACAAUCUGCAGCUUAUUGCCGCUGAUUUCUGGUGCGACCCACGACCAACCGAGACUCCGAAUAGCAGCAAUUCGGGCCACAGCGGCGCUUGCGACCCGUGCUUCUGAAGGAAAGCGCAGCGACGCCACGGCUAUAGCUGCUGUUGCGGACUGUCUCAAGGACGCCGCAGUGAGAUCAGAGGCCAUUGAGGCAUUGUCCAAGAUGGCGAAAGCUGGCGAUCGCGGAGAUCAGGUGGCCAUCGCCUCUGUGUCCCGUUUCCUUACCCACUCCGACCCGGACUGCCGCGCAGCUGCAGUCUUCUCGCUGACGAAGGUUGCUCGAGCUGGUGAUCAGGCCGUUGUGUCGGCACUCAGUCGGUGCUUGGAGAGCGACUGCGCUGUGGUCCAGCGCUCUGCUGCACAGGCCCUGGGUGAGCUUUCUGGACAGGCCCAUCUUCGUGCGGUGGAGGAGCUUGAGGCACAGUUGCUGAACCCCGAUGCCAGCGUUCGCGAUGCAGCCACCGCAUCCUUAAGGAAGAUUCGCGGAAUCAAGGCCGUCCCUGUCAUUGUCCAUGCUUGGCAGGUGCAGAGGGAUCGGCCUGUGGAAUUUGCGAAACGGCAGCGUUCCCCAAGCCCUCCGACAGAGGAACGCUUUGUACAUUUCCGAAAGUUGUCAUCUGAAUUGAACCAGGAAUGUGCUUUUCCGAUUCAGAUCGCUCAAGGAUAG